GCGAAGGUGCUGAGAGAACGCAGAAGAGAGGGACAAGAGAGAGAGAGAGAGAGAAAGAGAGAGAGAGGGACGAAAUACAGGAUGCAGCCCAUAACAACAUCAUAUGCAGAGAGUAGAGAGCUUGAGACACAUACACCCGGUGAGAGGAUGGAUGGAUAGAGACUCCAGGGCAGGGACCAAGUGAGAGUGGCUGACUGCAGCACCUGUGAGCCGCAGCAACAGCAUCAUUAGCAUCUGCAGCUCCACAAUCCUGGACCUGCUUUCUCAUUUCGCGGAGCAUGGCAGCCUGGCCUUGUUAAUUGAAUGAGGAUAAUACGAACAGCAGCCUGUGCAACAGCUUCUGCAGCCCCUCUUCAUUCAGCAUGCGCUGGGAGAGUGAGAGAACACGCUCAAGUGGAAUCACUGGCGGCCGUCGAAUACAGCAUAACACGAGCAGCGCGAAUCUCUGUUCUCACAGCAACAGCAGCCGUACAACUAACGCUCUUACUGUUAGCUCCAGCAAUAGUAGGGACAUCAGGUAGCACAGUAAUAAGGUUGCAGGGCAGGUGUAGCUUUUAAAAUAGCAACAGUGAAAGGUUGUAAUUUAAAAAAAAAAAAACAUAUCAGAGUAUCAGAGUAGCUCUAUUGCAAUGUUGCAUUUGUAUAAGUACAUUAAAUUACUUUUAGUGAUAGUUGUUGAUCUGUAAUUACUAUUUGUGGAAUACUCUAAAGGGAAUUCAGUGUUUUUUGCUAUAUUUACACUAGUAGUAGCAUCAAUAUCGUUGGUAUGAAGUGCUGACAUGCUUUAAGAUUUAGUUUAAGUGUGUAGUAAUUUGUUGUCAUCACUUUAGCAUAGUGAUUAGUGAGUGAUAGCUCCUGUUGUGUGAUUGUAGUUAGUGUGUCAGCUGUGUUUGUGGUUAUGGUGAAGAGAGCGAAGGCUCCAUCCAUUUUGGCUGAUGAAGGCCUCCUGGAUACGGCUGCUGAAAAGAGCAAAGGGGGGUCGAGUCAAGAACGAUAUUGGCGGUUCGGCAGACUCAUACACCAGUCGACCGUCUGACUCGGAUGUGUCUCUAGAGGAGGACAAAGAGGCACUGCGCAGAGAGGCUGAGAGGCAGGCCCAGCUCCAGCUCGAAAAGGCCAAGACAAAACCAGUAGCGUUUGCUGUUCGCACAAAUGUUAGCUACAGUGCUUCCCUCGACGAUGAUGUCCCCGUGCCUGGCAUGGCCAUUUCAUUUGAAGCUAAAGAUUUCCUACAUGUAAAAGAGAAGUUCAAUAAUGACUGGUGGAUUGGCCGCUUGGUGAAAGAAGGAUGUGAGAUUGGUUUCAUCCCCAGUCCAGUGAAAUUAGAAAACCUUCGCAUCCGCCAGGAGCAACGAGCCAAACAGAGCAAAUUCCACUCCAGCAAACUGGGGGCUAACUCCUUGUCCAGUUUAGGGGACAUUGUCCCAAGCUCUCGAAAGUCUACUCCUCCCUCCUCAGCCAUUGACAUAGAUGCUGUGGGUUUAGAGUCGGAGGAGCCUGAACCUCCUCCUCCUCCCCAGCAGCGUUCUCCUAAAGCCAGCCCAAACCAAGUCAUAUCCACUUUAACCCGUGAGAAACGAAUGCCCUUCUUUAAGAAGACUGAGCACGUCCCCCCAUAUGACGUGGUGCCCUCCAUGAGGCCCGUGGUCCUGGUGGGACCCUCACUCAAGGGCUAUGAGGUGACAGACAUGAUGCAGAAAGCGUUAUUUGACUUUCUGAAGCACAGAUUUGAGGGAAGGAUAUCAAUCACUCGGGUAACAGCAGACAUUUCUCUUGCCAAGCGAUCUGUCCUGAAUAACCCCAGUAAACAUGCCAUCAUUGAACGCUCCAACACACGUUCCAAUCUUGCUGAGGUACAGAGUGAGAUUGAGAGGAUCUUUGAGCUGGCACGCACGCUGCAGUUGGUGGUUCUGGACGCUGACACAAUAAACCAUCCAUCUCAGCUGAGCAAGACUUCACUUGCACCAAUCAUCGUCUACGUCAAGAUUGCCUCUCCAAAGGUGUUACAGAGAUUAAUAAAAUCUAGAGGAAAGUCUCAGGCGAAACACCUCAAUGUGCAGAUGGUGGCAGCAGACAAACUGGCUCAGUGCCCUCCGGAACUUUUUGACAUCAUCCUGGAUGAGAAUCAGUUAGAGGACGCCUGUGAGCACAUGGCCGACUAUCUGGAAGCUUACUGGAAAUCCACACACCCGGCCAGCUGCACUCCGGCCAAUCCUCUCUUAGACAAACUCACUGCCACCCAGUCAGCCACUCCUGAGCCUCUGUCUAGUCUGCAUCUGCAGGGCACAGGGGGCGCCCAGAAGGCCGAGAAGUCACUAGACGAGAGGAAGAGCUCUCUAGAAGAUCAUCACCAUCACCACCACCAUCACCGUCACCACCAUCGCCUGCAAAAGCAAGAGAGCCUGGACCAAGCUGAGGAAGACGAUCCUCAGGAAGAGGCUGUUAAAGAACAGAGAGUCUUACGGAGUGAGCGAAGAGCACCGCACAUACACCACCGCUCUUCAUCCACACGGACCGAACACCACAAUCACCACCAUCACCAUCAUCACCACCACCAUCACAGUCACACAGCACGCACACUCUCCAGGCAAGAGACGCUGGAGAGCAGAGACUCUGCAUGUGCAGAGCCACACACCACUCACACACACUCAGAUCUGCCCACACACUCGCAUACACGCCACACAGGGGAGGAAGACGAAGAGGAUGAGGAUGAGGACGAGGACGAGGAGGAAGAGGAGGGGGAGGAGGAUGAGGAGGAGGAGGAGGAGGAGGAAGAGGAAGAUCAGCCUGUUCAACAUAACCAUCAUCACCGCCAUCAUCAUCAUGGAAAGGAAGGAAGAGAAAGAGAGCGAGAGCACGAUCACAGUGAACGUAAUGGCCGGCAACGUGGACAGCAGAGAUCACAACGAGAACGCUAUCAUGAGCGCGAAAGGCAACACUCUACUGAAGGAGAAGAGAAAAAAGAAGAAACAGACUGGGAGACUGAUCCCUACAUAGAGCAGUAACGCACAAAGACACACACCCAUGGACUGCACUGAACAGACAAAACAUACACCUUUAUAAAAGCUAGAUACAGGUCCAGAAUUAUUGCCAACCUUGAUCAAUGUUAGUGAAAACAAACAGGGAACAUUUAAAGGUGCAGUUUGUAAUGUUUAAAUGUGUUUCAGGCCUAUAAUAAUUAGAUCAUUUCAAAGAUAUGUUAUAGAAACUGUGAUGUGCAAUAUUGCCAUGUGAUUGAUUUGGCUAGUAUCUUCAUUUCAGGCUUCUCUUUACAUUUUUCGAGCCUGGAAAUGAGCUCCACCUCCCAAGCCGGAAAAAAGCAACACAUGAUGGAAACAUAAUUUUAGGAGAGGGAGUUUAGAGGAAGAGAAGGCUCAUCAGUGUUUUCAUUGAUUCAUUGUGAUUGACCUCACAUACAGCAGAGGGCUUGAAUAAUUACAAACUGCUCCUUUAAUACUGAGAUAUGUUGUUUUGUAAUGUUCUAUCUUGUUGUCAUUCUGGCAAACCAUAAAAGUUUGGCAAUGUUGUUAUAAAUCAAUGGAAUAAACAAAACAUCUUCAAAACAGAAAGUUAGGCACAUUGUAUACCCUCCUGGAUACUGUGUCUAUCAUUCCAAAUAUUAUUAUAGUGCACAUUUUGAGGGAUUAUGGGUUACUUGUCCAUACAGAGACUUUUAGUGUUGUGCCUAUGAACUGCCAAAAUCUGUGGCUAUGGUUCUUUUUGUACUUUUAGGCUGCCAGGACUGAGUAAUCAAAGCAUCAACUAGUCAAAAAUUUAAGUUUCUUUGAAUGCCACAAACACCAGUGGUGUAGAUGACACAUGGGGUCAAAUUUCUGUUUUGGUCUCAUCUGCCAUAUGUUCCAGUUCACUUUAGGUUCAGGCUCAUUGCAAAGAAUAAAUAUGUAGUAAUAGAAAUUAAGAUAUAGAAAAUAGAAAAUUACUAGAAAAUUAUGAAGCUAAUAAUGCUAAUUCUGGGCCUGUCACACCUCACACAUAUACACACAUACACCAUGUGCUGCUAUCCUGCCCUCUGGACUUUUGGCUCUCUGUUACUAUGCCUCCUUUGUAAAGACUGGUGUUUUUAAAGAUGACUACAUUAUUGUAAAUAAGAUAUAGGUAUCCAUGCAUACUUGUUCUAUCAGUGUGUGGACACGUGAAUAUUAAACAAUAAAUAUGAGUCAUUAAUAA